UGUCCAAGGCGCUGCUGGACCAGUGGCAGCAGACUUUGCUCCGGAAGUGGCCAGUAUGUUCGUUCGGAUGAGAUGUAUGAACAUGCUACCACAUGGUUCACCACAGCAUACACUCGCUACACGCGGCUGGACGUGCGACGCAGCAUAGGGGUCGCGUUGAAAUGAAGGUAUUCAGCCGCUGAAGUCAGCGGUUAGCGACACCAUAAAGACCGUCCCCAUAGGUGCUCUACUGCCAUCCCCGACUCUCAACUCAAAUCGUAUGUCCUCUAUGUCUUCGUCCUCAGCCCAGGAUAUAUCGGACUUGCAAAGCGGUAUAGUGAUGGGCUAUGUCAGCAUUGCCUGUGCAGUGUUCCCGAUCUACGAUUAUAUACUGACAACUGGCACCGAGGUCACUGUUUUCUGGUCGCAACCGCAGAAGACGUUUCGCGGGUCGUCUCUGCUACUGAUUCUGAUUCGCUUGACAACACUCGGCACGGCGAUAACCAAUGUGAUCAGCAUGUUCUUUGGUAGUGCGAACGUGGAGAUCUGCCGUGGGCUGUAUCUCAGUGCUGCAAUUGUUACCGAUCUCGGAAAUGCAUUAGAUGCAGUCCUCUCAACCAUCCGCGUAUUCGCACUCAGUGGCUUAAACGUCUGGUGGGCCUCUGUAGUAUUUGUGACCAGUAUGUUCAUCGUCACUAUCAAAUUUUACCUCAACGCCAAAACUCAAUACACAGUUCAGAAUAUUGAUGGAAUCGUGAUGUGCAACAUCUUUACGUACUCCGGGAGUGUGGCCGCAAACGGUAGGGCCUUGCAGUCAUUGGGUCACAGCCUCAUGCGCUGACUAGCCACUUCACGUACUUAGUGCAGCUAGCUGCUUUGAUUUG